AUGUAGUUCACUUCUCAUUAUAGGAUUGAAUAUAAUUAAGAUGAAGGUGAAGUUUAUUAAAGGAAAGAAGAGUUAUAUGAAAUUUUAGCCUCCAUUGAGGAUAUUGAUGAUUAAAUAUUUAAAAUAGUAAUAGAAAUACUAAGGAAAAAUAAAAUUUCCGAUAUUCAAUGGUACUUUGAAAAGUAAGAUAGUCAAAUGUUUUAUGAAUCUUUUACAAAUAAGGAAUUGAACUUGGAAGUUAGAAAGUAAAUUUUGAAGAUCGCAAAUAUUUUGAGAAAUAUUUAAGAUCAUUCUUUUAGUGAAUAUGACAUUUUCACAGAAGCAAUAGAAGAGUAAAGAUAAAAUCUAAUAAAGAAGAUAGCAGGAAAUAAACAAAUCAUUGAAUUUCUUAAAUUUUUAGUCAAACUCACUUGUAUAGAUUAAAAAUUUAUACAAUGUGGGUCAAAUGGACUUAGUUUAUUAGUGCAGAUGAAAGUAGAUUUAACCAACCAAAGUUUUGAAGAUAUUAGAAUAAAAAAUGCUUCUUUGAUUGGGGCAAAUUUUGUAAGAUGUAAUUUUAGUAGAUCAGAAUUCGAAAAUGUAGAUCUUCGUGGAGUUAAUCUAAAUGAAGCUCUAUUAUUAAAUUGUAAGUGGAAGAAUAUUAAAAUACACAAACUGAAUUAACUAAAUGGUCAUAGUUUUUGCAUCAAAUCAGUAUGCUUUUCACCAGAUGGAACUACUUGAGCAUCAGGUAGUAGAGAUAAGUCAAUCUGUAUAUGGGAUGUUAAGACAGGAUAAUAAUAAGCCAAAUUAAAUGGCCAUACGAGUUCAGUUAACUCAGUAUACUUCUCCCCAGAUGGAACUACUUUAGUUUCAGGGAGUGAUGAUAACUCAAUCAAUUUAUGGGAUUUUAAAACAAGAAAACAAAAAGCCAAAUUAAAUGGCCAUUUUGAUUCAGUUAACUCAGUAUGCUUGUCACCUGAUGGAACUACUUUAGCAUCAGGUAGUAGAGAUAAGUCAAUCUAUUUAUGGGAUGUUAAAACAAGAAAAAAAAAAGCCAAAUUAAAUGGCCAUACUGGUUCAGUUAACUCAGUAUGCUUGUCACCAGAUGGAACUACGUUAGCUUCAGGUAGUGUAGAUAAGUCAAUCCGUUUAUGGGAUAUUAAGACAGGAUAAUAAAAAGCCAAUUUGGGUGGUCAUAUUGAUUCAGUUAACUCAGUCUGUUACUCACCUGACGGAACUACUUUAGCAUCAGGUAGUUGGGAUAAGUCAAUCCGUUUAUGGAAUGUAAAGACAGGAUAAUAACAAGUUUAAUUAGAUGGUCAUGCUUAUUCUGUUGAAUCAUUAUGUUUUUCAUCAGAUAGAAAUACUUUAGCUUCAAAUAGUAGUGACAAGUCAAUUUGCUUAUGGAAUGUUAAAAUAGGAUAAUAAAAAGCUUAAUUAAAUGGUCAUUCAAGUUCUGUAUUCUCGGUCUGCUUCUCACCAAAUGGAACUACUUUAGCCUCUGGAAGUCGGGAUAAUUCAAUCCAAUUAUUUAUAUUUAGAUCUAUUAGUAAAAUGCUUAAUUAGUUGGUCAUUCUAGUUCUGUAUUGUCAGUCUGCUACUCGCCUGAUGGAACUACUUUAGCUUCAGGUAGUGUGGAUGAAUCAAUUCGUUUAUGGGAUAUUAAAACAGGAAAAGAAAAAGCCAAAUUUAAUGGUCAUACCAAUAAAGUUCGAUAAGUCUGCUUCUCACCAGAUGGAACUACUUUAGCUUCAGGUAGCGAUGAUAAGUCAAUCCGUUUAUGGGAUGUUUAGACAUGAUAAUAAAAAGCCAAAUUAGAUGCUCACACAAGAUCAGUAUGCUUCUUACUAGAUGGAACUACUUUAGCAGGUAGUUAUGAUUAUGCAUUCGAGAAAUGGGGCAAAAACGAAAUCCGUUUAUGGAGACAGGAUAUUAAAAAGCCUAAUGGGAUUGUCAAACUAGCAUUGUCUUUCAUUAUGCUUCUCGCCAGACGGAACUACGUUAGCAUCGGGUAGUUUAGAUAAGUCAAUCUGCUUAUGGGAUGUUUAGACAGGAUAAUAAAAAGCCAAAUUGGAUGGUCAUAUGAGGUCUGUUAAUUCAGUAUGCUUCUCACCUGAUGGAGCUACUUUAGCUUCAGGUAGUGAUGAUAACUCAAUUCGAUUAUGGGAUGUAAAGACAGGAAAAAUGUUACAAAGAAAUAAUAGAUUAAUUUAAAACUCCACAUUUUAAAUAGAAUCAACUUCAAGAAAAAAGUUUUUAUUUUUCUUUUAUUUAGUUAUGAAUUAUUCGAAAAUAAUUAUUUGUUUCUUUAUGUAUCAGGUGCUUUAAUUUUCAAAGGGGAAUUUCUAAAUCAUUAAGGUUAUGAUUUGA